AGGGCUCUUGUGCUCUCAGGGGCUUCACUUGCAGUGUAGAGCUCUGCCUGAAGAGGAAAUUUGGGUUGUUUGGGGAACACAAUCCCAGAUUUUUCAAGUAAACUGAGUCAGGAAUGAGGCGGUGCUGACACUGGGCUGGCUGGCAGGGCUGGAGGAAGCACAGCCCUGUGCUGGUUACUCACUCCCAGCCCUGAACUUGGCCCCAGCUCAGCCCGGGGCUCACCCAUCCUGUUCUGCACCUUGUGUGUCACAUCUCCCUGAGCACCCCGAGUCCAGCCCAGGCUGUCCCCAGCUCUCUGCAUCCUGCCUCAGCCUCCCCUCCCUGAAAUCAUCCACCUGUACCCCCACCAGGGAGAAAGACUGAAAAAAGACUCCCGGAUACUCAGCAAAACAUUAGAAAAUAAAUUUAAAAAAUAAAUUAUAAAAAGGAAAAAAAUAAAAGGGAAGAAAGGACACCAGCACCUCCCCUUUUGCCCGAUCCACCUUUACUCUCCAUCACCAGAGAGGAAAACGCCCAACCAAAAUAAAGCCCGGGCGCGCUCCGGGCCGGCUCCAGCCGGGCGAGCCGAGGCUGGGCGGGGGUUCCACACUCCUGCCCCGCUUCCCCCGGCCCGCUCCCCCUUCCCUGCCCCGGCCCCGGCCCUGCCCCGGGCUCGCAGCUCCGCUCCGCGCAUCCCUGCGCUUCCCCGGGGCAGCCAAAGCGGGGCUGAGCGAGCGGGGAUGCAGCGGAGCAUCCUCGGGGGAUGCCGCGGGGGCCGGGCCGGGCUGGGCAGGGCCGGGCCGGGCUGGGCAGGGCAGGGCCGGGCAGGGAAGGGCAGGGAAGGGACGAUAAAAGGCUCCGGGAGCGGCGGCACCGCCUCCCCGCCCGGGCAGCCCCAGCCGGGCGCAGGUGCCGGGCGCGCAGAGCCGCAGCGGGGAUGGUUCCCAUCGUCCUGGAGGUGACCUGCAGCUUUGUCACCUGGCUGUGCCUCUACGGCUGCCUCUGCCGCUGGAACAGGCAGCGCUCCUGCAAGUGGAGCUGUCGCCUGGUCACCCUCGUGCACGGGCUCAUUGUCACCUGCCUCUCCGGCUAUGUCGUGUUCGUGGAUGGCCCCUGGCCUCUGACCCACGCAGGCUCACCAAACACCCCUCUGCAGAUCCACGUGCUGUCCCUGACCUUGGGCUACUUCCUCUUCGACCUGGGCUGGUGCCUGUACUUCCAGACAGAGGGGGACCUGAUGCUGCUGCACCACACCCUGAGCAUCUGCGGCAUGCUCCUGGUGCUGGGGCUGGGCAAAUCCGGCACGGAGGUGAACGCCGUGGUGUUCGUCAGCGAAAUCACCAACCCCCUGCUGCAGGCCCGCUGGUUCCUGAGGGAAACGGGCUCCUACCACACGGCCCUGGGAGCAGCCGUGGAUUUUCUCUUCGUGCUCCUUUUCCUGGCGCUGCGCAUCGGGGCGGGAGCGUGGAUCAUGUACGGCGUGGUGACGUCCCCCAAACCCAACUGGCUGCUCAAGGCUGGGGGUGUGGCCAUGUAUGUGGUGUCUUUGGGGUUCAUGGUGGAAAUUUGUCGCUUUGUGAAGAGGAAAAUGUGGAAAAAAGGCCGUUCCCUGGACAAAUAGUCUU